GAGCCAGCCCAGAAUGUUAAUAGAGCCCUUGGGUUACAGAAGGUGUUGGGAGGAGAAUAGCACCAGAAACCAAUUUUCUGCAAUGUUAAGUAAUUAGGUGCCUGGAGAGACUUCUUGGGGAGGUGGCCUUGGGACACUAAUCUCUGACCUUUAACAACACCCAGUAAAGCAGGAGCAUUGCCAGGAAAUUAACAGGCAGUGGAAAGGAGCUGCUGCGGACACCUGGUCCCCACCUUUGUGUGUGUACACACCCACACGUUAAUCUGCGACAAGCGCACACCCAUUCUCGGGCUGAACGUCACUCCAGGGUCGCCCAUACCUACUCAUGGCUAACAAAAUGAGUUCAAACAGCACUACUGCCCCCAGUGCCCUCACGACGACCGCUGCUCUGACUACUGCCACGCCUGGCUUCAUCGAUGGCAUUCUUAAUAAAAUACCUUUACCCAAAUGGGCUCUCAUCGCCAUUGCAGUCGCGGCAGGCCUUCUCCUUAUCCUCUUCCUCAUCUGCAUCAUCAAGUGCUGCUGUUGCAAGAAGAAGCGCAAGAAGAAGGAGAAACUCAACUUGCAAAACAUCAAUGGCUCCACCACUGCCAGCCUGGUCCAGCCAGAUAUGGACGAUUUGGAGUCCGGACUCGAGAAUGAAAAGCGAGGAAGGCUGCAGUAUUCCCUGGAGUAUAACUUCCGUAGCCAGGAGAUGAAGGUUGGAGUGAAGCAGGCAGCAGAUUUAAAGGCCAUGGACAGUGGGGGGACCUCUGACCCAUAUGUUAUUGUCUACUUAACAUCUGAUAUGAGGAAGAAGUAUGAAAGCAAGGUUUACCGGAAGACAUUGAACCCUGUCUUCAAUGAGACCUUCACCUUCCAGAUUCCCCAGGCGGAGAUGUCCGAGUCCACCCUGGUGAUGCAGAUCUACGACUUCAACCGCUUUGCCAAACACGACAUCAUCGGCGAGGUCCGGCUGCCUCUGGGCGACUUCGAUCUGCAGCACGUGACUGAGCAGUGGCAAGAGCUCACUGCUGCCAGUAAGAGGGAGCAAGAGCGCCUUGGGGAGAUCUGUUUCUCACUCCGAUACAUCCCCAGCAACAGCAAGCUCACUGUGGUGAUCUUGGAAGCCAAGAAGCUCAAGAGGAUGGACUCAAGUGGAUUAUCAGACCCCUUCGUCAAAGUGCAGCUUAUCUUGAACAAGAAGAAAUGGAAGAAGAAGAAGACAGGUGUGAAGAAGAGCACUUUAAGCCCCUACUUCAAUGAGGCGUUUAAUUUUGAGGUGCCUUUCAACCAGAUCCAGAACAUCGACUUGGUGAUUUCAGUCUGGGAUCAUGACAAGGUGACCAAGAACCAACAGAUCGGCAAGCUGUUCCUGGGUUGUAGAGCCACAGGCAACCAGCUGCGCCACUGGUCAGACAUGCUGGCCAAUCCCCGCCGACCCAUCGCCCAGUGGCACAACCUGCAGCCGGUAGAAGAAGUGGACAAUGCCCUGGGGCUCAAAUCCCACUUCAAGCUGCCUCUGCCUGGCAAAUAAAGGGAGGCUUCUA